UUUUCGCACCAACAUAUCACUACAGAGUCUCCAAAAAAUCAGGAAAAAAACAAUAAAAUGGAAGAGGACAUGGAUGAAGGACAGAGCCAGAAAGGAUGUAUGGAGUGCUGUCUGAAGUGUUUGCGUGGGAUUCCGUACCCAUCACUGAUUGCCACCAUCCUGCUCUAUGCCGGUGUGGGCCUGUUCUGUGGCUGUGGUCAUGAAGCUCUGACUGGCACCGUUUCAAUCUUGCAGAAGUACUUUGAGGUGAUCAGGGCACCAGGAGACACAGUGGAUGUCUUUACCAUCAUUGACAUCAUCAAGUACGUAAUCUAUGGAAUUGCCUCGGCUUUCUUUGUCUAUGGAAUCCUGCUGAUGGUGGAGGGCUUUUUCACCAGUGGAGCCAUUAAAGAUCUGUAUGGAGAUUUUAAGAUUACUGUUUGUGGUCGCUGUGUUAGUGCAUGGUUCAUCAUGCUGACUUAUAUAUUUACGUUGGCCUGGUUGGGAGUUACAGCCUUUACUGCUUUGCCCGUUUUUAUGUACUUUAACAUCUGGACCAUCUGCAAAAACAACACUGUGCUGGAGGGAGGAAAUCUGUGUUUGGACCCACGCCAGUUUGGUGUUGUAACUAUUGGUGAAGAAAAGAAGGUGUGUGCAGGAACUGAAAAGUUCUUCAAACUGUGUGAAUCAGGCGAUGUGGAUAUGACCUUCUAUCUGUUUGUGUGUGCCCUGGCUGGAGCAGGAGCUGCAGUGAUUUCUAUGAUCCACUAUCUGAUGGUUCUCUCAGCUAAUUGGGCCUACGUAAAGGAUGCUUGUAAACUGCAGAAAUACGAGGACUGCAAGUCUAAGGAGGAGCAGGAACUGCACGACAUCCAUUCAACACGCUCAAAGGAGCGACUAAAUGCCUACACAUAAAGCAGAAAGUAGCCCAAGCGCUAUGACUUCCUUUGACCGAAAGUUUUGGCUCUGGUGUUAUCCAAUCGGUUUGUCACAUAACCAACCCCAUGGCCAACCCAAUUAUAAUUUUGAGUCUUAGAAUUGUAGAUUUUUACAGCCUUGAUUCUUUUUGGUUUGGUUGGUUGUUUGUUAUUUUAACAUUAUGCAAUUGUCAUUUCUUAUUUUAAACAUUAGUGAUAAUGUGCAUUGUUCUCAGGUCGACCAUGGGGUGUUAAGCACAUUUUAUUAUGUAUGUUUGUGUAUAGUGGUUCACAUAUUGAAAAAAAAGAAAAAGAAACUUAUUUUCUUGCUUUGUUUUGUUAUUAGUCAUUGAGUUUGGUCCCGAAAGUAGCAGAUUGCUCACAAAUUCUGCAUUAUUUUGGAAAUAAAAUGUCAAAAAUAGAAAAAAAUAACAAUAUGAAUAAGAAAGGACAAAUGCACCACAAAGGGUUUAUUUAGUUUUUCUACAAGCCUGCAUUGCAUUGCUUAUCCUAACAAAUUAGAGAAAAGGUUAUAAAUUUUUUACUGGCAUAUGUACAUGCCUACAAUGUUUUUAGCCCCAAUUUCAUUUUAUUUAUUUAUUUUUUCUAUAGAUAAUAAGUACACAACUUUUUUUUUUAAUAUAUUUAGUUUUUAUUUCAGGUAUUUGUAUAUAGUCAUUAUGUAAAUGUACACAUUUGUAAGGAAGCACUUCAAUAUCAGGUAAAACAUACAUUCCAUGUUAAAGAUGGCAGGUGGAGUGAAUGGUGUUCAAUUUGAAUCUAAAUAAUAAUAAUAAUAAGCAUAAUUAAAAAUUCUAAAGCUAUAAUAUUUGAGGAUAGACAUUAAAGCCCUAGACUGGCAAGAAGACAAAGUAUUAAAGUCUGCACUCCUGCAGCAUGUACUUCGAAUAAAAGGAUUAAAAAACUGAUAAAGGACUUGCAAAUAACAUUUUUUUCUUUAAGUUCAUAACUAUAUGAUUUACAGAUUUUGCAACAUAUUACUUAGCAGUUAUUCAUUCAUUGUGUUACCAUUACUUUUCAUUCAGGGCCACGAUGGGUCUAAGUCACUGGGCAAAAUUCAUGAGCCACACUGGACAGGUCACCAGUCCAUCACAGGGCAAACACACACACCUAGUGCAAUUCACCUGACUGCAUGUCUUUGGGCUGUGGGAGGAAACCAGAGCACCUUGAGAAAACCUGCAUGGACACAGGGAGAACAUGCAAACUACUCACAGAAGGGACCCGGACCACUCCACCUGGAAAUAGAACCCAGGACCCUCUUGCAGUGAGACGACAGUGCUACCCACUAAGCCACCGUGCCGCCCUGAAAAAAUAUUUCAUAAAGCCAGUUACAAACAAGUUCUUUUAACUAAAUUAAUGGGUCUUGGGGACUUAAGUUCAAUUCUUAACUCCAGUAACCAACAUGGUCUCCCUGUGGGUUAUUUCCCACCUACCAAAAACAUGCAGUAGGUAAUGUGGCUACUCUAAAUUGCCCUCAAGUGUAAGCAAAUAAGCAGAUACAUUUGUGUGUCCAUGCCAUGUACCCACAGUGACCCUAACUAUGAUGGCAACAUUAGAAAAAAAUUUUCAUGAUUUUUUUUUUUUUCAUAUUUGUACCUUUUGUUUUUUAUUGGAUGCAUAGACAACCAUUUGUUUUACACUAUGAAAAAGAAGUAACAGGAAAUAUAGUUACAUUGUUGAUGAUACAGCUAUUGAAGUGUUUUUAUCAUUCUUUCAAUGCCUGACAAGCUCUGUCUGUAUUUCUCUUAACUAGUUUUGUGCACUUAUUUGCCCAUUUUGUGCUCUCUGUCUCAGUGUAAGUGCAUUGGGAUCCACAUAAUGAUGUUAGGUAAAGACUGUGAACCUAGAUGUUAAUUGUGGCAUGGUCAUGCAUUAAAUAUUUAAUCUUUUUUUUCUGGACCCAGAGAAUAUUAAAAAAACAAACAAAAAAAAACAACUAAUAUUUUAUUUUACCCUAACUUGAGUUUUAAAUCUCGACUAUAUUGCUGGGUCAUUUUUUCUCUCCUGGUGUGCAGUAUUUAAAUCCUUUGCUGACUGCCUUGCUUCCAAUCUCUUGUUGUUUAAUAAUUGUGUUUAGUGUGUUUAGUUUGUGGUGAAGUCCUAAUCUAUUGCUUUCUAAACCCUUUAGCUCUCUCUUUCUCCUGGCAUUUGUCCUUUGUACAUUACGUAAUGAAUGUGUCAUUGAAAGCUAUACCAUGAAUUUGUUUUGUAUAUAAUUGUGCCAAUCGCUUGACAGUGGCUUUUCUGAUAUGCUUGCAUAAAUAAAUUACACUGUUGUAAUUGGUAAAAGA